UAAUCAUUAUAACGCACUAUUCGUGCGGCAGUAGAUCAACUUUUAAUCUUCAUAGUAAAACAUUAAAAGAUUGUCAAAAUGAAUCUCAGAUUUCUUUUUCUUAUUUUUCUGGGAUUUCUUUCAACCGGUAUAAGUCAAAACUUAAAUAAAAAUACAACAUUGGAAGAGGUCUAUCAAUGGAAAUAUGUCGACUAUGAAUAUGAUAGUCAAGAGAGAAAAGAUGAAAUUCUUAAAAACGGCAACUAUAGUAAAUCAAAAAUAUUGAUUACAAAUUUUUAUUUAGUUCCAGAUGGACGUACUUUUGUGACUCUCAAUAAAAAUGAUAAAUCUCCUGUGACACUAGCAACGGUGUCAAAAAAUCAAUCCUCAAGUGGACCUUUAUUAACACCAUAUCCAAAUUGGCAAUGGCACGUGAGAAAAGAUUGUUUCGGAAUAUAUAGAGCAACUAGUAUUCAAACAGAUACAUGCAACAGUAAUAGAUUAUGGAUUCUGGACAACGGUACUGAUGAUAAUAAAACACAAGUGUGUCAGCCUCAAUUAUUAAUUUUUGAUCUGAAAAAAAAUCGACUAAUCGCAAGAUAUUCCAUUCCACGGAAAUUUGCACAGGGAAGUGAUGGAAAGGGAAGAUUAUUGCGUGCAAUUGUUGAAACCAGUGGCUGGUGGUGUGGAACAACAAAAAUUUACAUGAGUUACUAUGAAACAAGUGCAAUACUUGUUUGGAAUGGUCGUAAAUUUUGGCGGAUAAGUGGUCCAAAUCCAAAAGAUCUAGUUGGACCUUUAGCAGUAGCAAACAAAUAUAUUCCAGCACCUGGUGGUAUUUUUGGUUUUGCUUUAUCACCAAAAAUUGACAAUAAUCCUCAAUUCAUCGCAAUGUCAUCUUUAGGAAGUUUUCACGUAUUCACUGCAAAAAUUGAUGAUAUUCUUGCUUCUGAACCGAAAGUUGGCUUUUUCAAAUGGUUAUUUAGUCCAAUUAGAAAUUUAUUUAAAAGAGGAAAAUCACAGGAAAAUGACACAACUAUUGAAAUUACACGUCAUGAAUAUAGAAUGCCAAAUCCAUCAGCUGCUUUUGCAUUCGACUCAAGGGGAAUAUUGUAUGUGGGCGUUAAUGCGUACAUUAGUUUGGCUUGUGCUAACACUGCGAAAAGCACUGCGAAUAAGACAGAUGUUCCAUAUUUUACUGUCAUUGAUUCAGAUCCGAAGAAGUUACAAUUUGUAUCUGGGGCUUAUACAUUUAAUUCAUCAGUUACAAAAGGAAAAGAAGAAGAACUGUGGAUUCUUACAAAUCGAUAUUUAGAUUUUGUGUACGACGCUUUGAAUUUGACAGACAUCAAUUAUAGAAUUAUGAAACAAAGUGUAAAAAAACUUACAGAUGGCACUAAAUGUGCUUAAAUUCAAAAUUAAUAAUGUAAUAUUUUUGGAAAAAAAAUCAUUGACAAAACUAAAGUUCAAAAAUAUUGUUUUCAUUGACAAAAUAAAAACAAAAAAGAAAAGA